AUGGUUAACACCCAAGGCCUAGCUGUAGGUCUCGCCAUUGGCAUUCCCUCGCUUAUAAUCAUCGUUGUGUGUGUGUUUAUCUGGUAUAGAAACCAGCGCAAGCAAAAUAAGGAGGACCGAAGCGACGAUGAAGUGGACAUGGACUUGAGAGACAACCAUCUGUUCAGUGAAUUCCAGGAAGAAUUACACAGACCACUGGAUAGGCGGUCGAAUCACAACAUAAUUGGCGAAAAUCUGGAGGAAAAAGUGUUUGCUUCAGUAUCAUCAUCCCAUGGAUCCACCCUGUCCACCAACGUCACUGACAACCGAACCGGAUCCAACAAAGGUACUUCACCAUUUCCCCAACACCCUCAUAUGCUGCAUUCAAAAACACCAUCUGCAUAUGACUUCUAUGACACUGUCAUUCCCGUCCUUCCUACCACAGGCGUCAAAAACGGCUCCACUAUCGCGGGCGACACGGGGUUGAUGCAACCGCCUCAUAUCGGGGGUGAUGCGAUGAGCUCCAGCAACCAUAGUUCUGCUGUGAGCAUCGAUGGCUCGGGGUCUUCACCGAAAAAAGAUCGGUCUCUUGAUAGCUUUGCCAAGCAACUCAACAGCCCGGCUUUCUUUGAAAAACUUCCUUCCCGAGCCACCUCAUCCUAUCUUAAACAAAGACCUAUAACCCACUAUCAGCUGAGCAACAGCUCAAGUACAGAUGGCUUUCAAGUCAGAUAUGGUUCGGAUACAAAGAUUAACGAACACUAUGUGCACGAAUCUAUUUCUCAUGAUAACCCACAGCCACAUCCGUAUUCUCAAUUGAAAGGCACCAAAAACGACGAAAGGGCUCCAGUUUCCAAAGUGUUGGGAGGUGGAGUUGAUCGGGCUUUCGAUGCAGAGGGUGAAAGCGACUCGGAACCCGCUGUAGUGUUUAAAUAA